CUUGUGAGAAAUGGCUAGUGAUGAGUUCAGAUUGGUGUCUCCACAAAUAGAUAAUGAAGGAAGGUUGCCGAGAAAGUUCACAGGAGAGGGACAAGGUGCAAAGAAGAACAUAUCACCGCCGCUAGAAUGGUACAACGUGCCACAAGGAACCAAGAGCCUGGCUCUGGUGGUGGAGGACGUAGAUGCACCGGACCCGAGUGGGCCGAUUGUGCCGUGGACCCAUUGGGUUGUGGUGAACAUACCGCCAACUUUGAACCGUCUCCCUGAAGGGUUCUCCGGGAAAGAAGAGGAGAUGGGUGGUGAAUAUGCUGGGAUCAAAGAGGGUAACAAUGACUGGAAGGUUCCCGGGUGGCGUGGACCCAAGUUGCCAAACCAUGGCCACCGGUUCGAGUUCAGGCUCUAUGCUUUGGAUGAUAAGAUGAACCUUGGUAACAAAGUGACGAAGGAGAAGCUGCUGGAAGCAAUUGAAGGGCAUGUGUUGGGAGAAGCAGUCUUGACGGCCAAUUUCUGAAAAUUUUGGUGUAGUGUAUUGAAAGUGUACUCUUUUGAAUACGUGACCUGAUAUGUAACUCCUUUACUGAUCGUCCUUUAAAUUCUUGUUCUUAUAUAUCCGUGGGCAGGCAAUAUUUCCCAUUGAUUCA